GUAUCCUCUCCCUCCGUCAGGAUAUGACUGACCUACAGCAUUCCUGAAGCUCCUCGAACCUGACUCAUUCCUGACGUUAGUCUCGCAUGACUAGAAUCUACUCUCCUCCGUAGCCCGUUAAUUCGUAUCCCUGUCGUUCCUCGCUGAUCGCUUUACUCUUAGCCAGUUAAUUCGUUCUCUGUCCUCGUCGGUCGUCGCCCUUAGGCGGUUAAUUCGUUCCCCCUCCACCUUCGCCGGUCGUCGUAGUUAUUUCCUAGGCGGUGAAUGCAUUCCCUAUUGAACUUCACCGGUUGUCGUAAUUGUUUUUAAGGCGGUAAAUCCGUUCGCUGUCGCUCCUCACCGAUCGUCGUACAUUUCUCUUAGCUUCCGUUCUGUUCCCCUAAUCGCGGAUCUUAACAUAACCAGGUGUGGAAAGCGUCGUUAGCCGUCGAUUCUCUAGCUGGCGGUCACCCGAGCUCUCGAGCCUUCAGAAUCGGUUGUUCAUCAUCUGCUGCGGUAGCUCCAAGGUGGCGAGCCAGGGACUAGUAGCACGGCUCACGGGGCCAUUUGGCUUGACAUGCGUUCCUUCCUCAAAGCCGCCUAGCUCCUCCGAGAAGUCCUUUCGCCGAUUCGGUGUUUUAUGGCUCCCGCGAUCAGUUAUGCAAGCAGCAGGCGUCGCUGGUUCCAGGAUAGGCUCAACGGCGUUUGGGGUCUGACGCAGGCUCUUGCGACUAACGUGAUCUCCGGCGACGAGCGUGGUCUCUUGCGACAAGCCGUUAUUUCUUGCGACGAUCGUAAUCUCCUGCUACGAUGCCGAUCUCCUCCGACGGCCGUGAUUUCGCCAGCAGUGACUGACUUUGGGAGCUCCUAUCUCGCUUCGCUGCCUCCCUUCCGGCUCUGCUCAGCUGGCUCGCGCCGCGCAGAGAGUCUCCUGUCCAUUAUUCCUCAAGUCGUUGCCUUGAAUGCCGCUUAACUGACUGCCUGUGUUGCUUGUUGUGUCUGUGUGUGUGGAUGUGCGUGCGCACGCGGCAACCGUGAUUUCUCUCGAGGACACUGAUCUCGUGCGACAAGCUGAUCUCCGGCAACGAUGCUUGGCGGGGUCUCUCGCAACAACACUGAUCGCAUGUGGCAAGCGCCAUCUCCUGCGACGGCCAUGAGCUCGCCAGCUACUUGAGCGGUGCAGCAGUUGCUGUUGCAGUGGGGACGGGUUCCAGGCUGCUGCUGCCGCUGCGGCGAGCUCAAAAAUCGCGUCCAAACUUGCGAUCGGAUGGCGAUCAACUCCAACUGCAGCUGCAGUCUUGCCCUCCUUCAGUUGCACUGCACCAGUGACUGCCAGCACCCUUGUGAGCACUGCUGCCCUGCCAGCGUGCCCUUCCGCCUUUGCAGGCCCGCACUGAUGUGACGUCUGCAGCGUGCUCAAUCUCAGUGCUGCUGCCAGAUGUGCGACAUGUGUGCUGCCAAAGCCGGAGAUAACUGUGGCUGCGCACUCAGCGUGGUCCGGCCGCACGGGUUGCAACAUGUGGCAGCAAGGAGUGGCUGCACUGGUGACUGGUGGUGCGUGGGCGGCAGUUGCUGCUGGGCGGCAGCAGGGUGCUACAGGGCACAUCCCAGUGCACUUCACUGUGCGACGAGUCAGUGAUAACGGUGGCAGCGGUGGCAAUGGUGGCAGCGGUGGUCAGCAUGGGGUAUGGAGGAGGCAGUGGUGCUGCGUUGUAUGGGCGGCCCCUUCUCUCGCCGUGGAGGUUGUGAAGCUGUGUGCGCGGCGGUGCAGCAUACAACUGGUGCUAAGGCGGGUGUGGAGAGCGGUGGGAUGGGAUGACGCACGGCAAGGCCUCUGUGCCUCUGUGCAUGCCCGGCUGACGACCUCACUCCUUCAUGCACCAAGUGAGGGUGAUUGGCGGGAAGCUGCAGGCAGGAGGGCGUCUGUGUGGCGGCACGGAGCAGCAGCGCUUUGCUGUAGCAUCUGGAGGGACAAAGCGCUUUGCUGUAGCAUCUGGAGGGACAAAGCGCUUUGCUGUAGCAUCUGGAGGGACAAAGCGCUUUGCUGUAGCAUCUGGAGGGACAAAGCGCUUUGCUGUAGCAUCUGGAGGGACAAAGCGCUUUGCUGUAGCAUCUGGAGGGACAAAGCGCUUUGCUGUAGCAUCUGGAGGGACAAAGCGCUUUGCUGUAGCAUCUGGAGGGCACACAAGGGAGGGCGAGGGCAAACGAGGGGACAAACAGCGCCUUCCACCAUCCCCUCCACUCCCUCCCGCCUCCUCCGCUCACCACUCACUCCUCCUCCUGCAGCUGUCAGGGGUCUCACCAAGGGACCCUUCCCCAGGGCUCAGCAGCGGGACGCCUGCAGCAGCUGUGGGCCUUCAUGGGGCAUGGCGGCACGGAGAGUGGCAGGGAGGGCGUGGGGCGAGCAGACUCCAUUCUUGGGUGCGCUGCUGCAGCUUGGGCCGCGGCUCAGGAUGCGCCAGGGGGGUUGCCCAGGGAGAUGCGGGAGCACUGCCACUGCCUUUCAAACUUCCGCCCUUCCAGAUUCGCAAACCUGGUCUCCCAUCAUCAUUCUGCUUCAGCGUCUUCCUGGCCUUAUGUUGUUGCUCCUGCUGGGUAGGACUGCUUCGCCCAACACCCUGCCAUGUUCCCUGUUGCAGAGUGCUCUUAGAUGCUGCUGUGGGAACAGGCCAACAGCAAGAGACGGCGCAGGACAAUCCAGCAGGCAGCGGCAGUGGGAGCACCCCCAUCCUCACCACCACCACCUCUUGGCAGGUCACUUGAGCUCAACUUGAUAGCAGCUGUGGUAGCCAUACCAACUGAGUUCUACAGCUGAAGUAGCCAGU